UGACGUGCUGUCAGGUCUCAUCCCUCCUCAAUAGGGUGGCACGAUCCUGGGAAACCAACCAGCGUUCCCGUGGGCACUAGUUAUAAAUUCCAUGCAGCCCACGGGACUCAGACGCCCCAGAUCCCAGAUAAGAACUAUGGCUCUAUGCACACUGCUCCUGCUGCUGGCGGCCACCCUGGCCCUGACCCAGACCCGUGCGGGCUCACACUCGCUGAGGUAUUUUCUCACCACCAUGUCCCGGCCUGACCUCGGGGAGCCCCGGUUCACCGCUGUCGGCUACGUGGACGACACGCAGUUCGGGUGCUUCGACAGCAACGCAGAGAGGGCAGAGCCGCGCGCACGGUGGAUUGAGAAGGAGGGACCAGAGUAUGUGGAGCGGGAGACACAGAGAGCCAAGUUCUUGGAGCAGGCUUUCCGAAUGAGCAUGAGGAACAUUCAAGGCUACUACAACCAGAGCGAGGGUGGCUCUCACACACUCCAGGGGAUGAUCGGCUGUGACUUGGGGUCCAACGGGAGCCUCCUCCGGGGGUAUUAUCAGUUCGCCUACGAUGGCCGAGAUUAUAUCGCCCUGAACCAAGACCUGAAAACGUGGACAGCAGCGGACACGGCGGCGCAGAUCACCAAACGCAAGUGGGAGAAGGCUGGUGCUGCAGGGGAAGCCAGGGCCUUCCUGGAGGGCGAGUGCGUGGAGUCGCUCCGCAGAUUCCUGGAGAUCGGGAAGGAGACACUGCAGCGCACAGAUCCCCCAAAGGCACAUGUGACCCAUCAACCCAGAUCUGAUGGGGAUGCCACCCUGAGGUGCUGGGCCCUGGACUUCUACCCUGCUGACAUCACCCUGACCUGGCAGUUGAAUGGGGAGGACCUGACCCAGGAAAUGGAGCUUGUGGAGACCAGGCCUUCAGGGGACGGAACCUUCCAGAAGUGGGCAUCUGUGGUGGUGCCUCUUGGGAAGGAGCAGAAUUACACAUGCCAUGUGCAACAUGAGGGGCUGCCUGAGCCCCUCAUCCUGAGAUGGGAGCCUCCUCCAUCCACUAACUCCAACAUGGCAAUCAUUGCUGUUCUGGUUGUCGUUGGAGCUGUGGCCAUCAUUGGAGCUGUGGUGGCUUUUGUGAUGAUGAGAAGGAGAAACAGAGGUGGAAGAGGAGGAGACUAUGCUCCAGCUCCAGCAUGAAGACAGCAGCCUGGAGUGGACUGAGUGACAGACAGUGUGUUCAGGUCUCUCCUGUGAUGUCCAGAGCCCUCAGUUUUCUUUAGAAAACAGCGUCUGAUAUUCCCUGUGAUCCUACAGGCUCAAUGUGAAGAACAGUGGAGCCCAGCCUGCCCUACACACCAGGACCCUGUCCCUGCACUGCCUGUGUUCCCUUCCACAGCCAACCUUCCUGGCCGAGAUAAACACUGGGGGACAUCUGCAUCCUGUCAGCUCCAUGCUGCCCUGAGCUGCAGCUCCUCACUUCCACACUGAGAAUAAGAAUCUGAAUGUGAACUUGAUUGUUAACAUCUUGACAUGAGGGUUGAUUGUUUGUUAAUUUCAUGGAUUUAGAAUACUUAGAGUUUGUUUCUGUUUUUGUUUUUGCUUUUUUGAAGAAAUAAAUGGCUGGUGGAGAACAUUCCAGAA